AUGGGUGGCAAACAUUUCUCCUAUCCCACAUACCUCGUGGCGCGAAAAAACAUAUCGUGCCAACAGGUUGGUCUCGUGGCCAUCUACGCUUCCACCCUGCCCACUCGCCGGCGGCGCGAACUGUACGCCGGGUUUCUACGGUCCCUGGAAGGCGACGGUAGCCGCCGCGAGGCCCUGGAGCAGGCCAAGAGCCACAUGCCCGGAGACGUGCCGGCCAUCCUCAAGAAGGUGGUGGAAGACGUGCGGCUGCAUACGGUGUCGGUGGCUUCAAGUGCCAUGCCGAAGCAAGUACCGGAGGGAGAUCUGAAAAAGAUCAAGGCCAUGUCGUGGCUGCUUGAUCACCCGAGUACGCAAGCCGAUGCGGUCGUCCAGUAUAUUUAG